AUGAUCAAUUUAGACAUCAAAUCCGAUAACAUUCUUCAUCUUAUCGAAGAUACCUCUAUUCUUGCUGCUUUUGAGGAGGCCGAGAUUGCUCAGCCCUCACCGCGCAAGAAAGCAAUGGAUCGAGAGAUAUAUAUCUCCCGGACUCUAGAUAUGCCAGAGUCCAUUGGGGAGCCAGUGCUUUGCGACUUUGGAAAUGCGGUAUAUGGGACAAAAAUCAAUGAUGAUGACGCCUACCCCGAUGUUUACAGGUGUCCAGAAGUGAUGCUUCAUCUCCCAUGGAGUUAUAGCGCUGAUAUCUGGAAUGUUGGCGCCAUGAUCUGGGAUAUCUUUGAGGGUAAACAUCUUUUUAGUGGGCAAGAUCCGAAACGAGGCCGCUACACAACUCGUGCUCAUCUUACAGAACUGAUUUCCGUUCUCGGACCACCACCACUGGAGCUCAUCAAGCGGGGCGAGAGAUCUGCGGAGUGGUUCGAUGGAAAUGGCAAAUGGCUUGAACCAGAUGAGAAUGAGCCAGAACGCUUACCGCUUUUGCCGACUAGUAGUCUCGAGGCUGCGGAGGAGAAUCUCAGCGGGAAGGAUAAAGAGCUAUUUCUCAGCUUUAUUAAGUCGAUGUUGCAGUGGGAACCGGAGAAGCGAAAGAUGGCAAGGGACUUGUUAAACGAUCCCUGGCUGACUAGGUCACAAGUAUGA